GUUUGAGAGCAAUAAAAUGUAAAUAAAAAUUUGCGAAAGCGUUCUUUUUCGUGAGCUGAAAAUUUAUUUUUUGUUGUAAAAAUGUAUGAAAAUGAAACCAAAAGAAGUGUUUUGCGUGUGUAAUAUUAAGCUGUGACCUUAAGCCUAAAGUUUAGCUAGUUUGUGCCGAACGAAAAUUAGUAUUGUAUUAGCUAUAAUGAGUCGCAUUCAGUGGCGCCUCAAAGAGUUUCCAAAGAAAUUAGUAAAUUGCAUCCGCUUCCGCUACCACUACUCGCUGCAAUGUAUCCGUUCACUAACGUAUAACCACCACAUGAGUCAGUCCUACGCGUCGGACGUUUGUUUGGAACCGAUAUUCUGGUUUGUGGAUAAUUUCACCCACCUGCUCGGACCGUUUUUCGUGUUCGCCGUGGUUUGUCUGACGGCGGCAGUGGUCAUCAUUUGCUACUGGAUUGGGCUGCCCUACUGGUGGAAGAAGAGCCCCAACACAACCUACUUCCUGCUGGUGGUGGGCAACUGGUUGCUGGUCAAUGUUGCGUGGAACUUUUACAAGGCGGCAGCCACUUCCCCGGGAUACCCGCCGGAGAAGGAACUGAUAAUCGAGGCUGUGAGCAUCUGUAAGAAAUGUAUCGCCCCGAAGCCCCCGCGAACGCAUCACUGCUCGGUGUGCAACCGGUGUGUUCUCAAGAUGGACCAUCACUGUCCUUGGCUCAAUAACUGCGUUGGAUAUGGCAAUCAUCGGUACUUUUUCCUCUACAUGCUCUACACAACGGUGGGAGUUUUGUUCAUAAUAGUCUUUGGUUUCGAGCUGGGGUACAAUGUGCUGAUCGUGGGUGACGGAGAAGGCUGGAACGAGGUAGAGCCGCUGCAUGGUCAUCCAGUUAGAUUCAAUUUGUCCGGGCACAUUAUUCCUGUGACUGAAAUGAACGAUUACGUCGAUGACGGGCUGGCCCCCGCUGAACAUGAUCUUCCCGUCCCGCAGGAGUACAGUAGCAAUGCGGCGAAGCAUCGAGCAAUUAUAUUUAUGGCGCUAAUUAACGUAGCUACUUUAUUCGCUCUCGGAGCUCUUACCUCGUGGCACAGUUCCCUGAUCACGAGGGGUGAAACCAGUAUUGAGGCACACAUCAACAAGUCGGAAACGAAACGGCUCUCUGCGCUUGGGAAGUCCUACCAAAAUCCAUAUGAUUUCGGACCUCGCCGAAAUUGGAGACUAUUCCUGGGGUUGGUUCGCAAGCGAACCUGGUGGCGACACAUUUUGCUUCCGUCGGGUCACAAACCCGAAGGAAAUGGGCUCACGUGGUUGACGGUCAACGAUUUCAUAGCUAUUGACGAUCGGGACGACGAAUGGCCGUAACUUAUUAGACUUGCACGUGAAGUGAUAUUUAAUGAAUUCCAGUUUGCGAACGACUAGUCCUACCACCCGAAAGAGUAUGCAUUUCUCAAUAGUAGAGGAGGUGAGUAAAACACUAAGCUAAGCUUCCACGAUGAAAAA